GGCAGAGUCUCGGGAGGCGCGGCCGGGCGCUGCCGCUUGUGCGGGGCCGGAGCUGCGCGGCCGCGGCCCCCCUCGAGUGGCGGCCGGGGUUGUUCCCCACCCCGUCCCUGCCCGCCGAUCCCUUCAUGAGUCGCAAGUUCGGGCCGGGAGGAGCAGCGGAGGAGACGGCGGCGGGGCGACGGGAGCCCGGCUGGGCAGGCGACACCGACUGAGCAUGGCCGAGAGGCGCGGGCCGGCGACGAGCGGCUGCGGAGGGGAAGUUGGCGGCGGGCGGAGGGAGAGCGGCUGCAGCCGCUGUCGACGGCUGCUACCGCCGCUGCUGCUGCUGCUGUGGGCGGCGGCGCUGCCUGCCGGGGGCCAGCCUUCGGCUCCGAACGGGGAACGGGGAAUCUCCAUCCCGGACCACGGCUACUGCCAGCCCAUCUCCAUCCCGCUCUGCACCGACAUCGCCUACAACCAGACCAUCAUGCCCAACCUGCUGGGCCACACCAACCAGGAGGACGCUGGGCUGGAAGUGCACCAGUUCUACCCGCUGGUGAAGGUGCAGUGCUCGGCCGAGCUCAAGUUCUUCCUCUGCUCCAUGUACGCCCCGGUGUGCACGGUGCUGGAGCAGGCCCUGCCGCCCUGCCGCUCCCUCUGCGAGCGGGCUCGACAAGGCUGCGAGGCCCUCAUGAACAAGUUCGGUUUCCAGUGGCCCGACACGCUGCGCUGCGAGAAGUUCCCGGUGCACGGUGCCGGCGAGCUCUGCGUGGGGCAAAACGCCUCCGAGCGCGGUACCCCCACUCCCGCCCUGCGACCCGAGAGCUGGACUAGCAACCCCCACCGAGGGGGCAGCGGUGGCGGCGGCCCCGGGCCCGGCGAGCCCCGCGGGCGCUUCUCUUGCCCGCGGGCUCUGAAGGUGCCAUCCUACCUGAACUACCGCUUCCUGGGGGAGAAGGACUGCGGGGCUCCCUGUGAACCCGGCCGCCUCUACGGCCUCAUGUACUUCGGGCCCGAGGAGCUGCGCUUCUCUCGUACCUGGAUCGGCAUCUGGUCGGUGCUGUGCUGCGCCUCCACCCUUUUCACCGUCCUCACCUACCUGGUGGACAUGAAGCGAUUCAGCUACCCGGAGCGGCCCAUCAUCUUCCUCUCGGGCUGCUACACGGCGGUGGCCGUGGCCUACAUCGCCGGCUUCCUUCUGGAGGAGAGGGUGGUCUGCAACGAGCGCUUUGCUGAGGACGGCUCCCGGACCGUGGCCCAGGGCACGAAGCGGGAGGGCUGCACCAUCCUCUUUAUGAUGCUCUACUUCUUUGGCAUGGCCAGCUCCAUCUGGUGGGUCAUCCUCUCCCUCACCUGGUUCCUGGCCGCCGGCAUGAAGUGGGGCCACGAGGCCAUUGAGGCCAAUUCUCAGUACUUCCACCUGGCCGCCUGGGCUGUGCCGGCCAUCAAAACCAUCACCAUCCUGGCCCUGGGGCAAGUGGACGGGGAUGUCCUCAGCGGUGUCUGCUUUGUGGGCAUCAACAACGUGGAUGCGCUGCGGGGCUUCGUGCUGGCCCCCUUGUUCGUCUACCUGUUCAUCGGCACCUCCUUCCUGCUGGCCGGCUUCGUCUCUCUCUUCAGGAUCCGGACAAUCAUGAAGCACGACGGCACCAAGACAGAAAAGCUGGAAAAGCUCAUGGUGAGGAUAGGCAUCUUCAGCGUCCUCUACACGGUGCCGGCCACCAUCGUCAUUGCCUGCUAUUUUUAUGAGCAAGCUUUUAGGGAACAGUGGGAGAGGAGCUGGGUCACGCAGAGCUGUAAGAGCUAUGCCAUCCCUUGCCCCAACAACCACAGCAGCCACCACCCGCCCAUGAGCCCCGAUUUCACCGUCUUCAUGAUCAAGUAUCUCAUGACCUUAAUUGUGGGCAUCACCUCGGGCUUCUGGAUCUGGUCUGGGAAAACCCUGAACUCUUGGAGGAAGUUUUACACCAGACUCACCAACAGCAAGCAGGGAGAGACCACAGUUUGAGACCCCUGCCCGUCGGGCCAGAGGGAUGGCAGGCAGCUGGAAAGCCGGGGCUCUGUCUUAGGAAGCAGCUCCUUAUCCAGCUUGGGCAAACUUUGGGGACCACGAGUGGCUUCUGCAGACAGCAGGGAGCAGAGGAUGAGCCAGGUGGAGACUUCAAUGUCUGGGGACCUUCUGGCUUUGACCUCCUGAAUCUUCCCAGCUCCUCUUGGUCUUUCUCUUGUAGGAACUGCAAACGCACUGUCAGUUUGGGGGAGAGGGAUGUAAAUAGCCUCUGUAAGAUUUUGUAAGUAUAUUUGUAUUUAAAUUACAAAAGAAAAAAGCCAACUCACUUUUUUUAAUUAUUUAGGACACUUUUAACCCCAUGGCGGAUUUCGCUUCCUCGCUCCCCCUCCUUUUUUUCUUUUUUAAUUGAAAAAAAAAA